AGCUGUUUGAUGAUUGAUAAAAAAAAUUAAAAAUAUUCAUAAUUAAAAUUUGAGUCAAAGAGAUUUUGAAUUUAAUCUGUAAUUUAUAAUUUAUAAUUGAAAGAAUAAAGUUAAUCUUUCACGAAUUGGGCUCCAGAAGACGAUAUGUGUUGAUUCGAGCCGGAUUUUAAGUGCAACCGGUACCUUGUUCCGUUCCAAUUCUACUCAUUCAACCAUCAUUCUAUUACUCAGCGUUUCGUUCAUCUCAAAAUGGUGAAAAUCGCUCUCAAGUUGAAAGCAAACUUGGAAAACAUCGAAAGCUUGAACCCAUCCGGCCCAGAUUUCCGAUGGUGUUUGAAAUUCGUCUGUAACAACUGCGGAGAAAUAUCGAAUAAAUGGAAUUACGCUUCACUGUCCGAAGAAAUUCCAGCCCAAAGGGGCAACGCCGUCAACCAUUUCGUUAAUAAAUGUAAAUUAUGUUCUCGCGAAAACUCGUUGACCAUUUUACCCGAAACAGUGAGUGGAAUUAAGGCUGAAACAUGCGGCGAAUUUAAAACUGUCGUAGUGUUUGACUGCAGAGGUCUGGAGCCUCGAGAGUUCUCGGCUAGGGAAGGUUGGGUUGCUAAAGCUGCAGAUGAUGGUAAAACAUUCGAUGAUGUAGAUCUUAGUGAGGGAGAAUGGGCUGAUUAUUGCGAUAAGACUAAUCAACCUGUAGGUGUUUAUGAAAUCGAGCAUUGUUUUGAGAGAGUCAAGUGAAUGGGAAAUGGUGUGGAUUUAAAUUAUCGAAUGUGUUGUCCGAAGUCAAAUAUAUGUGUAUUUUAUUA